GUUUUGGGUGCCUUCAGAAAAUAGCUUGUAUAUAUAGACUGGCGUUUGUCCCUGCUUUUCCAUGUCGCGCAACGUUGUCGAUCUCUACGGCGUCGCGUCUGCCAUUUCCAGAGUCGGUUGUGUGUUUAUUGAAACACAACGAGAAGCACUCUGUAAACAUGUUGUCACUUCCAGUCUUUUGAAUCCUACACCCAUUAUUCAAUCGUCGCCACCACAGCCAGCACCGACAGCACAACAUGACCAACACCCGCAAUCAACCACUGUCCCUGAGGAACAGCAACAACAACAACAACACGUUGGCACGGUAACUGACCAACACAAUGUCUCUGAUCGAUCGGCUCUGGAAACACCUACGCAGCAUACCGCGUCACCAUCACAACAACAAAAAAUCGAAAAGCUGGUCGUAACCAAGGAACCACCACAACCAACACCAGCUCAAGACACUAGUACUGCCACUGCUGCUGGUAGUAGUGCGACCCCGGGAACGACGUUGGAUGCCUCAGAAAUAUCCAAACUCGCUGAAGAAUUACAAGCUGCAUCGAACCAACCUGUUUAUGAAGCCAUUACGGAAGAGCCAUUAGAACAACGCAAAGCAUUAAAAGAAUCGCGGAUACCGACGACACGUAUCGGUCGACUAUGGCACUACGGCACACUCGCAACUGGAUUGGGUGUGGGUGCGAUCAACGAAUCACUCAAACGCGCCACAGGCAUUUCCAAAACGAAGCAAGGGUCGGUCAUCUUGAGCGAACGCAACGUCGAUCUAUUAGUGGACAAGAUCUCACGCAUGCGCGGUGCCGCAUUAAAGAUGGGCCAAAUGUUGAGUAUUCAGGGCAUCCAAGCAGCAAGCGACACAGAGAGCUGGAUCCCACCACAAAUCGAACAAAUCCUGUUGCGCGUCCACGACAGUGCCAACUACAUGCCGCAACGACAGAUGGAACAGGUGAUGGCCAAAGAUUUGGGUAAAGACUGGCAAGCCAACUUGUUCAAAGACUUUGAUCCCGUGCCGAUCGCCGCAGCAUCGAUUGGUCAAGUCCAUCAGGCAACGCUCAAGACAGGCGAACAUGUGGUGAUCAAGAUCCAAUACCCGGGCGUGCGCGAUUCCAUCGACAGUGAUCUAAGCAAUCUGAUGGCUAUCCUCACGUUCAGCAACUUGCUGCCCCGCGGCAUGUACCUCGAUAACACGGUCCGAGUGACAAAGCAGGAGCUGGCUUGGGAAUGUGAUUAUGUUCGUGAGGCAAACAAUACGGAACGCUACCGUGAAUUGGUCGGCGAUGAUCGUCGGUAUAAGGUUCCGCAGGUGUACAAGGAUCUGUGCAGUCCAAAUAUUUUGGUGUUGGAACGGCUCCAGGGCCGAGUACUUAGCAAGGCCGUGACCGAAAAUCAACAAUUGCGAAACCAGCUUGGCGAAAGCUUAUUGCGACUGUGCUUGCGUGAGGUAUUUUCAUUCCGAUUCAUGCAAACAGAUCCCAAUUGGUCCAAUUUCUUCUACAACCCACGAAACGGCCAAGUCGAACUGUUAGACUUUGGCGCGUGUCGCGCAUUUGGUGAGGAUUUCUUAUCGUUGUAUGGCCGCAUCCUGAAAGCAGCAGCAGCAGGCGACCGUGAUGGUGUCUGGGAAUUCUCAGAAAAGCUGGGCUUUGUCACGGGAUAUGAAACAGCAGUGAUGCGGGAGGCGCACAUUGACAGUGUCAUGGUUCUUGGCGAACCUUUCCGCAAGGAUGCACCGGAUGCCUUUAAUUUUGGCGUGCAAACGAUCACUGGCCGUGUACGUGACACGAUCCCUGUCAUGCUCCGUCAUCGCUUGACACCCCCACCGGAUGAGACGUAUGGCUUGCACAAGAAAUUGUCGGGCGCUUUCUUGCUGUGCACAAAACUCGGCAGUACAUUUGACACCAAGGCUGUUUGGCAGGAUGAGGUUGCACGCAUUUCAAUGUAAAAAAAAGAGAACGGUCCACAUACACAGACACACAUUUGCACACAUACAGCCAGAUAUUACACGAUAUAUGUAUAAUUAGACAGAAACGUCAUCCACCCCUCCCUUUUAUAUUGUAUACUUUUUUCUUUCUUUCUUUCUUUCUUAGAGAUCGUACUCAUCAUCCGAAUCAUCAUCGAAGCGUCGUCGGUUGUACUACCCACGCAUAAAAC